AUGGCCAACGAGCGCGCCUGCCCUUGCCUGUGCUCCUUGGGUCUUCUACGCGGCGCCUGGCGACACUUCCUUGCCCGACUGACUGCUCCAGCAGUGCAUGACUACGCCGCGUCGCGGCCUUUGGCGAAAUGCUCGGUGGAAGUCUUAGAUGCCGUCAUCAUGGGCCGUGACAAGUGGCUGGGUGGGGAGCUGGGUGAUGACGGCUGCAUAUACGGAGUGCCAGGCAGCGCGCCGCGUGUUCUCAAGGUAUCGCCAGCUGAUGGGGCUGUGGAGACAAUUGGCCCGGAGCUGCCAGGCAAGUUUAAGUGGCUUCGCGGCAUCCAAGUGGACGGCUCGAUUUACGGGGUGCCAACGAACUCAGAUAGGGUUUUGCACAUCUCGCCAGCUGCCGGCACGGUCGACUUGAUAGGGGAGUCCUUCACAGGGGGCUGGAAGUGGCACGGCGGUGUGCUGAGCCCUGUCGAUCGCUGCGUUUAUGCAAUCCCUUGCAAUGCCGAAUCUGUGCUCAAGAUCUUCCCAGAUGGACGCGUUACAACCAUUGGGGAAGGUUCGCCAGUGCUCAAGGGCAGAUGCAAGUGGUAUGGCGGCCUUCUUGGGAGUGAUGGCUGCAUCUACGGGAUUCCGAACUGUGCGGAAUCGGUUCUGAAGAUCGACCCCAUGAAGCAGGAGGUGUCGACCAUUGGCCCCAAGUUCCUUCAGGGUGGCCAGUGA